AUGAAUAAUAAUCAUUAUUAUCGUCCUACGCUAACAGGUAAUAAGAAUAGAAGAAGAGUCCAAGAAUCUAAUUUUGGGGCCCUCUUAAAAUUGUAUUCAAACAAAAAUGUCAAUUAAAAAAGCUCUUUGCUUUUUCAUGGUAGUUAUAUAUCCACUCUACAAAAUAUUAUAGAUAGUCAAGAUAUUGAUACAUAGUUUAAUUAAAUUUAUAGAUCGAUUAAUGUACCUAAUAUCAAUGGCAGAUCAGCUUCGAAAUCAAGAGCUAAAACCGAGAUUGAUCAAUCAAAUCUCGAAUUCAAUUAUUCAAAUCAAAAAGUUGAUUAAUCCACAGCCUAUUUCCCAAGAUUGAAGGAUCGUGCUUCCUCAGAAUAAAAAAAAUUGUUUAAACAAAAAGCCCUAAAUUCUGAAAAUGAAGAUUCUUCGCUAAUAAUCAGGAACUUAUAGAAAUCACUAGAUUACAAAAUUCAGCCGUAUAGGAGACAAAACUUUACGCCAUUAAAGCAACAGACGAUAGACGUACCAAGAUCUUUGGUUAAAUCUGAACAUUUGAAUGAAAAGGAAAUCAUGUAGUUUUCUUUUGGCCUUCAAUAUAAUAGAGAGAACAUAGAGAAACAAAAAGCUAAAUUUCCUAAAGACAUAUUUCUUGGAGAUGUUAGAAGAGUUAAAAGAAUCUUUUAAUAAUAAUGA